UGAAUCGAUUGCGUUAGCUCAAGAUGUGUCAUAUUUAUUUUAUAGGAAUCAUAGAAAUUAAGGAACGCCAGACGGCAAGUUUUUUGUCCGAAAAAAUUUUACAAAUCAUUGAUAGUUUUAAUAUAUCAAUAAGUCAAAUUUUUUCUAUAACGUGCGAUAAUGGCGCAAACAUGCUGGCUGCAGUAAAAAAACUGAAAGAAGUUUAUGAAUAUGAGCAACUUUGCAUCCGCUUUGAUGAGGAAGACAUUGAAGAGAAAGAACAGGAAAUCGAUCAAAAUUUAUUUACCGAAGAGCUCAACAACAAACUAAAAGAAAAUUUGAAUUUAGUGCGCUGUGCCGUUCAUACCCUCCAAUUGGCCAUUUUGGAUGUGAUAAACAAGUCAAACGCGGACGUAAAGAAACUAACUGAUGUUGCGAAGAAAAGCAGAUCUGCUAAAUACAAGACGUACUUUGAGUGUCACAAAGGGCACUAUCCCCCACUUUGGGGCCAAACGCGAUGGGGUGGAAUAUACGAAAUGGUGUCCAGUUUUUUGCAACAGCGUCAAUUCUUUGAAAAGCUUGCGGAACAGUUUCCAGAAAUGGAUCUCUCGAAUAACUGGAAAUUCAUCAUUGAUUACGAGCAAGCCUUCAAACCCCUUUUCUUAACCACUAAAGAGAUGCAAUCGCCGCAUGUCUCUUUAAGUGACUUUUACUUAAAAUGGAUUGUUGCGAUUCAGAAAAUCAAGGCCAUGAACAAAAAUCCAUUUUCUGAAUCUCUCGUAACCACUUUGACAACUCGCCUAGCCGCUUUACGCGAAUCGCAAGCUUUCAAAAUGGCUUUGUAUUUAGACCCUAGGUUGAAUUUCGCUGGUUCCACACUUUUCACUUCUGACGAAAAAGAGGAGAUCCAGAAUUAUGUCGUCGAAACAUGGCAAAGGAUUAGAGAGCUAAAACAUUCACCAACAAAAUGCUCGGAAAACUUCCAAAUACAAAAAAUGGAAACCGAGAACGAUAUGUUUAUCACGGAACUUUUCGGUGGCUCAACAAUGAAUGAUGCAAUGUCUACUGAGAGUAACUUCAUGCAGCAACUAAAGGCUUUAGAAGUUGAAAUAAGGAGACCGUUCGAUUUCAAUGUCUGGAAUCAUUGGACCGAACGAAAAGGAACACAUCCAGAACUCAGCGCUGUUGCCGAAGUGGUACUGGCCACUCCAUCAAACCAGGUAACUGUAGAACGCGCUUUUAGUGCUCUGGCUUUGGUCCUCUCAAACGCAAGGUCUACACUUAGUGAGGAAACGCUAAGUAAUAUUUUACUAAUAAAGCUGAACAGAUCGGUGUUUGAAAACAUAAUUCCAACAUUAUACGAUUGGAAAACGAAUCAGGAACAAGCCGAUGUGCAAUUGAACUAAUCUAGCACCGAAAAAAAAAAUAUGCAUCAGCAUAGUUUUUCCUGUUUUCAUUUCAUUUUUUAUUUUCCUGUUCACAUCAUCGAAAAAAUAAAAAAAAAUAUAACCAAUGAUACAGC